GCCUUACCCACUACACCACCUGCCGGCCCCAAUUUCCUUUGUUUCUUGAGACUCUUCUGUCUUAUUGAUUCUGCAGUAAAGACCCCGCAAUGAUCCCUGGUGUGAUACCGACUCCGAGUGGCGUGACCUAUUACACCCACGUGGAACAGGGAAGGCGCCUGUUCAUUUUCCUUGUACGAUGAAUGGAAUGAUGCAAUGAAUGAAAGCCAGGGGAACGAGAAAGUAAGGAAGAAAGAAUGAAAGAAAAAAAAGCCAAAAAGAAGCAGGGAAUCUGAGCCAGAAGCGCGUACGCGAGGUUAUAAUAACCAGAGUCCCAAGCUAAGCAAGAAAUGAAAUGGGCUUGGAAACUCACUCCCAGCAGUCAGAGACGUACUUUGGAAACACUCCAAAACAGUAGGGAGACCAAACGUUCAGGUCCAAGAAAUGGGACAUCCCCAGAGCUAGUCCAGGGAAAACGGUGGGAGUGACAUCGUGUCCCUGUCGGUGGGAGUGACAUUGUGUCACUGUCAGGAAGUGCAGCUGUCCAAGUGGACAGGGCAGACAGAGGAAAGGGCACUGCAUUAGAAGGUGAGCGCCCGACGUGUGUCCUAGAAACCAGGGACAGGUGCUUUCAUCAUGGUCUAACAGCCCCGGCACCAACGAUGGAAUUAUUCUUUUGAUCUUUGGAGAAGGCCAAGAACAUGAGUGUGGUACACAUGACGCCGGGAAUAGAAAAUGGAGAACACGCUGCAAUGGAAUGGUACGAGACCUCUCCGUGAUGUGCUGGAAGAGACCGCUCACAAUUCCCAUGGCCCUGGACGAGAUGCCAAGGGCAAGGAACACCUGUUCAGCCCCUGCACAGAAGACCCAUAACGCCCCUAGCACACAACCCCUCACCCCGGGCAAAGAGUUUCUUGUUUCCCAUUUUCUUGGGAAUGCUUGUUUGGAAUCCUCUUAAAUAGCUGUGGAAUACUUUGCAAGUUCCAGGGUUAUAACCAGUAAAAAAAAAAAAAAAAAAAAAAAGAUAAACACACACUAAUGCGACCACCAACACACCAGCUCCCCCAGAGCUAAAAAAACAAGGCAGUAUUGAGAGCCACAAGAAGCAAACCGACAUUUAGAAUCUAAACUCUGAUUGGACCAAAGCAGCCAAUAAAUUCACAGAAUGUAACACAUAAUUUUGAAACCUCUCUUGUUAUUGGCUAGACUUCAAGCCCGUUGCAGAGAAUUCAUAGGCCGGUUCACAAUUCCACCCGAUGCUAUAAUCUCAUUCACUAACAAUCCGAACUUUUCAACAUUAAGUUUUUUUCCUUUUAAUUUUAUUAAGCAAUAGGAACUGUCGUUUUUCGACAUGAAGGAAAGGACUUGUUCUGCGGGUGAGUCCUGUCCCGGCGGCCGUGGUCGGGCGUGUCAUCCGCAGUGCAGGACAGCCUGGUCUCUCGGGGAGGAGCCCCGGCGCCGCGCGCCACCCCUCUUGACACCGUGUCGCCAUCUUUACAAGGAACGUUUUCAAGGUGUACUGUUUUCCUAGCGGGUUUUACCCUCAUACCGAGACUGACGUUUUAAAUUCAGCAAAGCAAGGCAAACACGCUAAAUCGCCCGCUUGAGUCAAAGGCGACUGGGAGCCGAGGGCUCCAAGAUUCCAGAAUUUUGCUGCGCGCCCCAGGGAUGAAGCGCAGUGUACAUUUAACCAACGCAUGCAAAAGACAGCGAUUCAAUGACUAAGCAAUUUACCCUAAGUAUAAAGAACUAGGGCUCCUACAGAGGUGCCUAGAACUUGUAUUUCUAAAUAGGUGGAUACGCUGGGAAUCCAAACCCAUCUGCUAAGAAAAUGGCGGUUAUGAAGAGCGGAAUUCUAAAGCACGUUGUCUGGAGAGCGUUCUGCUCCGUAAGCCACACAGGACGAAAACGCACGGGCGGCGAGGUCUGCCGUUACUGAGCCUGGGGCUCGUGUGCAGUGUGUAGCGUCUUCUCAAAAAUUUACAAGAUCAAUUUUUAAAGGACUGGCUGUCCUCGUUGAAAUUUUCCAAUCAGAAACUUCCAUUAAAAGCAUAAACCUACCAAAACCCGCUCCGGGCACUUCCGGAUGUCAGCGCCCACGACGCACAGGCGUUUUCCGUAGUCCAAUCAGCGCGGUCCGAUCCGGUAUAAAUAGAGAGCGAGGGGCCCGCUUCCUCACUCAACCCCUGCGUCAGCCAUGGCCCGCACUAAGCAGACGGCGCGCAAGUCCACCGGCGGCAAGGCCCCGCGCAAGCAGCUGGCCACCAAGGCGGCCCGCAAGAGCGCCCCGGCCACGGGCGGCGUGAAGAAGCCGCACCGCUACCGGCCCGCAACCGUGGCGCUGCGCGAGAUCCGCCGCUACCAGAAGUCCACCGAGCUGCUGAUCCGCAAGCUGCCGUUCCAGCGCCUGGUGCGCGAGAUCGCGCAGGACUUCAAGACCGACCUGCGCUUCCAGAGCUCGGCCGUCAUGGCGCUGCAGGAGGCGUGCGAGGCCUACCUGGUGGGGCUGUUCGAGGACACCAACCUGUGCGCCAUCCACGCCAAGCGCGUCACCAUCAUGCCCAAGGACAUCCAGCUGGCGCGCCGUAUCCGUGGGGAAAGGGCGUAAACUGCUGUACUUGAGACAAAGGGACAAAAAACAAAGGCUCUUUUCAGAGCCACCCACGUUGUCUGAGGAGAGUUGUGACACCUGGCCUCGAUGCCCUUGGACCUUAAUUGUUAAAACUUAAAACAAAAUACUUAGGGGUUGUGGCCCUUUCUGAAAAUUUCAGCAGACUAUUUUAUCUUGGAUAGUUUCCUGAGAUUUGCUACAGGGUGUGUUCAGUUGCUAGAGAAACGCUCCUCACUGGCCGCAUUGCAACCCUCUGUUUUCUACCUUUGGCCAUUCAUACGGAGGUUGCCAAGUGCUUUUCAAGCCGCCAGGGUCGAGAUCGGAGCCGUGGAGUCAGCCAUGUGCGGUAUAGCUUCCUUUGUCACCCGACCUUGCAGUUCUUCCGCCUCUCCACAGUGUACGCGCUGGACCUGCCCUUCUGUUCCCCUGGCUGCCGGGCGCAGCGGCCUUCCCCUUAGGGUUUUGCUACUUUCCCAGCCGCUGCGUCUUCCUUUUCUGACUCCUGGCGCUCUUCCAGUGGGCUCCCUGCCUGGACGCUGUCUGAACCUCUGGUCAGUAGGCACCGGUUUCAGGGGCUUCCCUAGGGACUUAUGGGGUCCCCAGGGCCUGUCUGAACAAUCAAGGAUUCAACCCCAUGCCCCUGCUGGGGAACCCCAAAGGACCAGGCUCCUGCUAAGGAGCCACUGGCUGGCUGGCUGACCUCCCCGAGUAUUGGUACUGAACAGGUAUGGAGAGUAAGCCAAGUGUCGGAGAGGUGAAAGCCCAGCUUCUCCCCGCCGGGCUCUGCUAUUUUGAACACUCCACAUCACUGCAGUCCCCAUCAGCUAUGCCAGGACCUGACCACCUGGAGAACUGUCAAAGGAAGACUGACAUGUAUGGUGGCACUGGGGUACAGAGGGACGAGGCUGCUGGGGGCUCAGGGUCGUUGUCCACAGCCCACUAGGAAUGAGACAAGGUCCUCAGUAAGCAAGCGGUUCUGCAGUGAGAGAAGGAAGAAAAAGCUCUUCACAGCCUGAAAGGGCAGCUCUUGAACUAGCAGCCCCUGAAGGAGCAGGAGCCCGAGGUUUUGCCAGGCCUUGGGGGAAGGAGUGGGCUCUGUGAGGUUAAUGGUUACUGUUCACCUGAGCUGGUGGUGUGGGUGCCCUUGGUAUGUGUAAUUAUGGUGGCUAUUGGUUCCAUUAGGCCUGCUUAAGGUAGGGGACAUGUCCCUAGCCCCAUGGGUGAUCUAUGUGUAGUGGGUAAUUUCUUGGUUUUCAAGCUUAUUGACCUGCGGUUUCCAUCAGGCCUGGUCAUUUAAAAUUCCAGCCCAGGAACUUGCGCUGGGUCCCUGGUUUCUACCACUUUGCCUUAAUAAAGCCUAAUGCUCAUUUGG